UCUCCUCCUGCUCUCUCUCCUCCAGUGACCCUAGCCAUGAGAACCCUCACCCUCCUCGCUGCUGUUCUCCUCGUGGCCCUCCAGGCCAAGGCUGAGCCACUCCAAGCCGAGGACGAGCCACUCCAGGCCAGAGCUUAUGAGGCUGAUACCCAGGAGCAGCGUGGGGCAGAUGACCAGGACUUUGCCAUCUCCUUUGCAGGGGAUGCAAGCUCAAGUCUUAGAGCUUUGGGCUCAGCAAGGAGUUUCACUUGCCAUUGCAGAAGGUCCUGUUUUUCAACAGAAUAUUUCCAUGGGACCUGCACUGUCGCGGGUGUUAACCACAGAUUCUGCUGCCUCUGAGGGAUGAGAACAGAGAGAAAUGUAUUCAUAAUUUGCUUUAUGACCUAGAAGGAAACUGUUGUGUGUCCUAUACUUUGCCAUCAACCUUGUUUACUCAACUCAAAUAAAGUCCUUUCAGCAAGUUA